CCCAGCCCGGCAUGGGGGGGUGGCCAGGCGGGCCAGGCAGGCCGUUGCGGAGGGGCCGGACGCAGAGCAGUCCCAAGCCCUGCCGGGUGGGUGACGGCCACCCAGGACGUGGUGUGUCCUUGCAGGCUGGUGGCCAGCAGCUGCCCAUCGGCCGCACCAUGUCGGACGGCGAGGGCCCCUCUGCUGAUGACAGUGCAUCUGCGGCGAGCAGCAUGGAGGUGUCGGACCGCAUCGCCUCUCUGGAGCAGCGCGUGCAGAUGCAGGAGGACGACAUCCAGCUGCUCAAGUCCGCGCUGGCCGACGUGGUUCGGCGGCUGAACAUCACGGAGGAGCAGCAGGCCGUGCUCAACAGGAAAGGACCUACCAAAGCGAGACCACUGGUGCAGACCCUGCCUUUAAGAACCACCGUCAACAACGGCACCGUGUUACCAAAGAAACCCAGUGGCUCCCUGCCGUCCCCCUCGGGGGCCAGGAAAGAAAGCACCGUGCCGGCAGCCAAAAGCAGCAUCAAGCGGACCAGCUCUUCGGAACGCGUGUCCCCUGGCGGCCGGAGGGAGAGCUCUGGGGACUCCAAGGGAGGCCGGAACCGUACAGGCUCCACCAGCAGCUCCUCCAGCGGCAAGAAGAACAGCGAAAGCAAACCCAAGGAGCCUGUGUUCAGUGCAGCCCUUCUGUCCCUGUCUCCGAAAUCCCAAGGGAAGCGCCGGGUGACACACUGCAAAGAAGAAGGAUAUGUCAAAAUGUUUCUCCGUGGACGCCCUGUCACCAUGUACAUGCCCAAAGAGCAAGUGGAUUCUUACAGUUUGGAGGCAAAAGUAGAACUGCCCACCAAGAGGCUUAAGCUGGAAUGGGUCUAUGGAUACCGGGGCCGCGACUGCCGGAACAACCUGUACCUGCUGCCCACGGGCGAGACCGUGUACUUCAUUGCGUCCGUGGUGGUGCUCUUCAACGUGGAGGAGCAGCUGCAGCGGCACUACGCGGGCCACAACGACGACGUGAAGUGCCUAGCAGUGCACCCAGACCGGAUCACCAUAGCCACCGGCCAGGUCGCGGGCACGUCUAAGGACGGAAAGCAAUUACUCCCCCAUGUGCGCAUCUGGGAUUCCGUGACGUUGAACACGCUGCAUGUCAUUGGGAAAGGCUUUUUCGACCGGGCUGUCACCUGCAUUGCAUUUUCAAAAUCCAACGGAGGCAGCUACCUGUGUGCUGUGGACGACUCCAAUGACCACGUGCUGUCUGUGUGGGACUGGCAGAAGGAGGAGAGACUGGCCGAUGUGAAGUGUUCUAACGAAGCGGUAUUUGCUGCGGAUUUCCACCCCACGGACACCAGUAUCAUAGUUACGUGCGGAAAAUCCCAUCUCUACUUCUGGACACUAGAAGGAAACUCCCUCAUUAAGAAGCAAGGAUUGUUUGAGAAACAAGAGAAGCCAAAGUUUGUCCUCUGUGUGACUUUUUCUGAAAACGGUGACACCAUUACUGGAGAUUCAAGCGGCAACAUCUUAGUAUGGGGAAAAGGUACGAACCGAAUAAGCUAUGCGGUUCAAGGGGCCCACGAGGGCGGCAUUUUUGCACUUUGUAUGUUAAGAGACGGCACGCUGGUGUCGGGAGGAGGGAAGGACCGGAAGCUCAUCUCCUGGAAUGGAAACUAUCAGAAACUUCAUAAAACGGAGAUUCCCGAGCAGUUCGGUCCCGUACGGACAGUGGCUGAAGGCAAGGGCGAUGUCAUCUUAAUAGGCACAACGAGAAACUUCGUCUUGCAGGGCACCCUGUCGGGGGACUUCGCACCCAUCACUCAGGGCCACACGGAUGAGCUCUGGGGGCUGGCCGUCCACGCCUCCAAGCCUCAGUUCUUGACCUGUGGGCACGACAAGCACGCCACCCUCUGGGACGCCGUCGGUCACCGGCCUGUUUGGGACAAGAUCAUAGAGGACCCAGCUCAGUCUUCUGGUUUUCAUCCUUCAGGGUCUGUGGUUGCAGUAGGAACACUCACUGGGAGGUGGUUUGUGUUUGACACGGAAACUAAAGACCUGGUCACGGUGCACACGGAUGGGAACGAGCAGCUGUCUGUCAUGCGCUACUCUCCAGAUGGGAAUUUCUUAGCCAUCGGCUCGCACGACAACUCUAUUUACAUCUACGGGGUUGGCGACAACGGGAGGAAGUACACGCGCGUGGGCAAGUGCUCGGGCCACUCCAGCUUCAUCAGCCACCUGGACUGGUCCGUAGACUCACAGUUUCUCGUGUCCAAUUCCGGAGACUACGAGAUCCUCUACUGGGUUCCCUCGGCGUGUAAGCAAGUGGUGAGCGUGGAAGCCACGAGAGACAUCGAAUGGGCCACCUACACCUGCACCCUGGGGUUCCACGUCUUCGGAGUGUGGCCGGAAGGCUCGGAUGGAACUGACAUCAACGCUGUCUGUCGGGCCCGUGAGAAAAAGCUCCUGUCGACGGGCGAUGACUUCGGCAAAGUGCACCUCUUCUCCUAUCCCUGCUCCCAGUUCAGGGCGCCGAGCCACAUCUACGGCGGCCACAGCAGCCACGUCACCAACGUCGACUUCCUGUGUGAAGACAGCCACCUCAUCUCCACGGGCGGGAAGGACACCAGCAUCAUGCAGUGGAGGGUCAUUUAGCCCCGCACGAGCCGGGCAGCAGGUGGUGCCCGAGAAGACCGACUCGCGUUCCGCUUGGUCACUGUGAUUUCUGUUUUGACUAAAAAUUCUUACAAACCUCAGGAAAACUAUCCCUCCACCGGUUACCUUAGCUUAGGGAGUCAGCGAGUGUCACGCCGGAUAAGCAGGUGUGUUUCCGCUUCCCUUGUACAACAGACGAGGCAGCGUACGAGGGAUAGAGCAGGUCCCCGGGUUCACAGGACAGUGGCAUCGACAGGAGGGACUGAUGUAUCCUUAGCAACUUUCCUAUGAACUCUUCAAAAAUGGUCACAGAAUGCCUUUUAAAAAACUGUAUAUAGUCUUCACCGUUUCACCAUCCAGCUUGCUAAGUCAGAUAUUUAUGAUAAACGUGAGGUACUGAACCGUGACCGCUGUUGCCUAACGGUCCUGUAAGGAUAAAUCCUUCGAGAAGAGAGUGAGUAACUGACUCGGGCAGCUGAGUCGGGAAAUGCCAAUGUGAGCCUUCCUUGGGUUACGUUUUCUAGGGCUUCCUGAAACUGUCCUUCUGGGAGUGGCAAGCCAGGGGGUCGCGUUCUUCUUGUGCAGGCGGAUGAGCGUGCGCGUUGCAGCAGAGUGUACAGGCGCUUCCAUUUCUGGUCAUGCUGCCCUGCCGUCCCCAGCACAGCCACCCGCUCACAUUGGUGAACAGCAAGACGUUUAGCCACCUUCCUCUGUAUAUUCAUGGCAUGACAUGGCAUUGUGCUUGUAUAGGGUGUGAUCAGCUCAUAAUAAAUACCUAAGGCCAGGCUUUACUGUUUUACGCUAUGGACACUGUACAUUUGUAUUUUAUGACCAAGUAGACCACGUCGAGAAGAAAUCUUCAGCGUACCUGCGGAGGGGAGCGGUCCCUAAUGGCUCCAGGUACGAAGGCCACCUUCUCGUCCUGUCUUUUGUGCGCGGAUGGCUUGGGACAGUGUGUCAAAAGACCGUGUUCUGAUGGGUAGGACGUAGGUGGCGUACACUUGUCAAGAAAGCCUUAUCCAUUGUGUGACAGAUUGAGAUUUAUUGUUUACAUUGGGGAAUGUAUCUCGGAUUUUUAAUAGAAGAGUAAUAAACAGACUUAAGAACAAAUAUUAAGAUUUUUACUCGUUCUAAGCAGGUGGGGUGAAUUCAGUUAUCUAAACUCUACAGCACUGGUUGUUUAGGGUGGCUGAUUACAGGCGAUACUUGGAGACACUUUUCACGACAUCUCUAGCCUGCUGGGGAGUGCAGGGCACCGGCAGGCAGUGCGUGUUAAAAGAUGAAUCUGUUCCUAUGUACCCUUAUCAAAUAUAUUCUAUAAUGCAAUAAAAUUUGAAAAGUGGAUUUCUUAUUGACCUAUAUUCCUGAAAGCAUAUAAAUUAAAAUAUUUAAAAUUA